CGUCGCCCUUCUCUGUCGCUGUGUCAUUCUUCGUUAAGGUUUUUGGAAUCCAUUAAGAGAGAGAACACCAUUUCUGCAGAUAAUGCCUUCUUUGCUCCUUCACUCAUUCUUCUCUUCUCUCUCAGAUUCCUUUUAGCAAUUCUCUCUUCUUCUUCUUCUUCUUCUUCUUCUUCUUCUUCUCUUCAUUCUCUCUUUCUGGGCAUGUUUCUCUCACAGAUUUAGCCUCUUCUUCCACCCCUUUUCGUCCCUUCAACCGCCGGCGAUGCACCGGGACCGUCCUACGCUUGGCGGCGUCGGCACCGGCACCGGCGCCUCCAAGUUGGACGUCACUCCCAUCGAUCGAAAGCGCAUCAACGACGCUCUCGAUAAACAGCUCGAGCGAUCCUCGCCCUCCACUUCUCGUACCGUCAUUAACGGCAAGGAUAAUAAGCCCUCCGCGCCUCAGUCGCUGUUAAUGCCGAAGCCCUUGUCUGAUCAGAGAGACUCUCGUUCUGCGUCUCUCUCUAAGACCAACUGCUCUGAGGAAUCUGAGACUGACAGUGAAGAGUCAGAUGUUAGUGGAUCUGAUGGUGAUGAUACAUCUUGGAUUUCAUGGUUUUGUAAUCUGCGAGGAAACGAAUUCUUUUGUGAAGUGGAUGAUGAUUAUAUACAAGAUGACUUUAACCUUUGUGGGUUAAGCAGCCAAGUUCCAUACUAUGAUUAUGCCCUUGAUUUGAUUCUGGAUGUUGAGUCCUCUAAUGGUGAUAUGUUUACAGAGGAACAGAAUGAACUAAUUGAAUCUGCAGCUGAAAUGCUUUACGGUCUAAUUCAUGCGAGAUACAUAUUGACGAGUAAAGGAAUGGCUGCUAUGCUGGACAAAUUCAAGAAUUAUGACUUUGGGAGAUGUCCUAGAGUUUACUGCUGUGGACAGCCCUGUCUUCCUGUUGGUCAAUCAGACAUUCCUAGAGCAGGCACCGUUAAGAUAUACUGUCCAAGAUGUGAGGAUGUUUAUUAUCCUCGGUCGAAGUUUCAAGACAUUGAUGGAGCUUAUUUUGGAACUACAUUUCCUCACCUCUUCCUGAUGACAUAUGGACACCAUAAGCCACAAAAAGCCAUUCAGAGUUACGUGCCGAGAGUAUUUGGAUUCAAGAUCCACAAGCCAUGAAGGCUGAAACUUUGAAGCAUUCACUUGGGUGAGUUAUGAGCACAUCUCUGUUUGCUGCUUUGAGAAUUAGUGUAACAGAUGCCUCUUUUGAGAAUAAUAAUGAUGAAGAUUUCUUCCCCUUUAUCUGCCUUGGAAUGUUAGAAUGAAGCAUUCGUCUUACCCCUUGUGAAUGGAUUAAUGGAGACUCCAAUUCUCAUGAUGGCUCGAUAUUUGGUGAGCUUCUUUAGAACACACCCCCCACCCCCACCCCACCCCACAAAAAAAAAAAAAAAAAAAAAAAAAAAGGAAAAAGGAAGAACUCUUUUUGGUAGGUUAUGGAGAUUGUUGUCUUGUUUAAUUUGUUUCUGCAUCAAACAGUUUUAUUCAUGACAAUUGAAAUAUAGCUUGUCACAAUGCCUUGUA